CAAUACUUUUUGGAUUUUGAUUUCUGCCAGUCAAGUCAACACCGAGCAGUAGUUAUUUUUGUAAAAAAAAAAUUAAAAAUGGCGAAAGUUUACGGUGCUGGUGCUACGGCAAUUGGAUUAAUAUUUCUAUUUAUCAAUUACGGUUUCUGUGUUUCAUUAGAAUUUGAACAAAGAUAUCAAUACAAUGCUUUAACAGAUUCAUCAAAUUUAUCAGAAUUAGGUUCCUAUUCGAUAGUCAAAUUAAGAGAAAAACGACAAACGGACUCUAAAACGCAUUACCAGAGUGUACCACAAGAUCCAAAUGCACCAUUACCAGAACAAUCAAAUAGUACUACAAGUGUCGAUGUUAAACAAGAACCACCAGGCAAUGUAACUUUAUCAACAACCGCAACACCAUCGAUUAUUAUUCCAAUAGUUGUUAACCAAAAACCUCUGCUUGGCGUCAAUGGUACUGGUCAGCGAAAGGAUUUUUCAGAUAAAUUAACUACCAAACCACCUGUUGUUUCUGAUCCAAUACAGCCAGAUGCAACAAAAAAACCUGCCACUUUUCCCAAGAAAACAUUGUCAGGUGUAUCAUCAGUACCGACACUAAUCAUAUCCACAGAAUCUCCCGAUAAAAUAGCUGAGAACGUCGAUGUACCUGAAAAUGAGACUUUAAGCGAUCUGGAAAAUAGACACUAUACGGUCAAUCAAACUUCAGACCAUCAUAUAUAUUACAACAGCACGAUUUACGUUAGCAAGGAUACAGCUGAUGAAUACUGGAGCUCUUUCAAAAACAUCACUCCAAAUUCCAUGCUUUCAGCAUCACAUCGACGAGCAAUGACGGUAGAACUCAAAUUCGACUUUCCAUUUUAUGGCAACCCAGUAAAAAAUGUAACUGUUGCAACAGGAGGUUUUCUAUACACGGGAGACUAUGUCCAUUCAUGGUUAGCAGCGACACAGUACAUAGCACCACUGAUGGCAAACUUUGACACGAGUCUUUCUAAUGAUUCAUACGUCAGAUUCAAAGAUAAUGGCACUGCAUUUACAGUUAUAUGGGAAAAAGUUUCGUUACAAGAUAAGCAAGAUGUUGGUACAUUUACAUUUAGUACAACAUUGCAUAAAAACGGUGAUAUUGUUUUUACUUACUACAAUGUACCAAUCCUGAUUAAUGCAAUUCAAGAUGACAAACACCCAGUUAAAGUUGGUUUGUCUGAUGCGUAUAUUAUUGACAAAGUUGUUUUCUUCGCAAGAAGAAAAACUAUCUAUGAAUACCACCGUGUGAAUUUUGGAAGCUCAGAUAUUACUAACUCGACUGUUAUCUACUUGAAAGCACUACCAACAUGUUUAACUUACACUGACUGUGCAUCAUGUAUUCAACAUCAAACAUCUUUCGAAUGUCAGUGGUGUCCAGUUUUGAACAGAUGUUCAACAGGAACUGAUAGAAAACGGCAGGAAUGGCUUCAUAAAGGUUGCGAUAGAGGUCCAAUAAAUGUUGUCAACUUAUGUCCUGCAAUCGGACAGAAGGGUAAUAAUGCAGCGCAAACUACAAAUCAAACUAUCAUAGAUCAUGGCGAAAAUAGUCACAAUGGAGAAUAUUUUCCUGUUAAGCCAAGCGAAGAAAAUCCGGAGACUUCAUACACUUCCCAAUCAGUGUUUCCCAUAAAUAAGGCUGCAACAAAUUUCUCUACAGCAGAUGGUGGAGAUGUACACAGUAUGGGUGUUGUACUAGGUUUUAUCGUUCCAAUUUGUUUGGUUAUCACGUUACUUGUUUGGGUUCUUUACGCCUACCGCAACCCACAUACGAAGAGCGGACAGCUUCUAAUUCAGACCAAACAUCUUCAGUACCGCCCAAGCCAAUGGACAUGGAGGCGAGGUGAAGCCAGAUACACAGCAGCUACUAUACAUAUGUAAACUUAAAAAACAUACACUUUAUAGAUAAAUUAAAAACAAAACAGCAGUUAUAAUAUUAUGCAUUGCCUCUAUUAUGCAAUUCGACAAUUCUUUCAAGAAUCCAUUUCACCUUCAUUUUAGAGAUAAAUCGUAAAAAAUUUGUAUAUCAUCAAUAUCAAAAGCAAAAUAUUUUCUGGUCAAUUCGAAAUUUUGUUCGACUUUUUGUUUUUCUAAAAUUUCUUUCAAGUAAGGGAGGAACUAGAAAAUUACCCUACUUAUCAGACGAUAAUUUUACUAAAUAAUGUUGAAGAUAUCCGCAUUCCACGAUGCCUUUUUAAAAUGAAGUCCUGAAUAAAUUCUCCGUUCGUUCAGAAUGUUUUAAAGUAUAAAAUUCAUUAUUUAAAAGAAAAACAUUUGAAAAAUAUUUGUAUGAUUUGUUUAAUAUUUAACCAUUUUUAUGUUUCAAAGUGAGAAGAGGGCAGCUUGCCAGCCCUCCAAUAUAAUUAUAAGUUUUACCAAACCCAAACAAUAUACGGGCGCAUGGCAAACAUUAUUAAUUAAUAUAAGAACAAAAAAUAGCUAAGUAGUAAAAUAAGUUUAAAUGUAGGAAUUGUAUUUAAAAAAAAAAAUUGUUUUUUUUUUUGUAAAAUAUUUUUAGGGCUACUGCAUGUUUGUUUUUACGUUAAUUUGAUUAUUUUGUAUUUAAUUUUUUUGUGAUUUAAUAAAUUGAUAUAUUUUUUCUUUAUUUAUA